AUGCCGUUCGCCGGGGCCUUCCCCUUCACGGCCCUUCUUCUCCUCGCCGUCUUCUCCGCCGAGGAGCAGCCGUUCAAAGGCCUCGUGCCCGAGAACCGGAGCGUGGUCCUGGCCGGCAACAACGUCACCGCCACCGCCGGCGCGGCGGCGGUGUGCUACCGAAGGAGCGGCGUCGACGAAGAGGCCAAUCCGGGCAAGACGGUCCUCGACGUGACCCCGCUUGCCGUGUGCCCUUCUCCUGGAGAUAAGAAGGGUCUGAGCGGGCGAGCAAAGGCAUGGUGUUGCUGGGGCCUCGCCGUGGCGAUGACGAUGGUCGUGUUCGUUGUGUGGCCAGAGACGUUCAUCGUAUCGCCCAUCGACCCCAAGUUCACCGGUGAUGACGCGCCGGUGGUAGACGUCGACGGCGACGGCGACCGCGAGCUCUUCGAUUGCGCCAUCUGCAUGGAGACGGUGCCUGGCACCCUCAAGUUCAGCGUCGGCUCGUGCGGCCACGCCUUCUGCUCAGGCUGCGUCGUCCGGUACGUCGCGGCUAAGCUGGGCGAGAACGUGGCUCGCGUCAAAUGCCCCGACCCCGGCUGCAAGGAGGGCACCGUCGAGCCGGAGAGCUGCUUCGGCAUCAUCUCCUCGGACCUGCUAGACAAGUGGGGUUUCCUGCUGUGCGAGUCCUUGCUCGGCGCCAAAACGGUGUACUGCCCGUACAGGGAAUGCUCGGCGCCUCUUCUCGCCGACGGCGAGGCCGGGGCGGGGGCGAUCGCGGAGGCCGAGUGCCCGCAUUGCCACCGGCUGUUCUGCGCCCGGUGCGCGGCGCCGUGGCAUGCCGGCGUCGGGUGCAGGGAGUUUCAGGAGCUCGGGCAGGACGAGCGAGGCCGGGAGGACCUCCUGUGGAGGAGGCUCGCCGGACGGCAGAGGUGGCAGCGGUGCCCCAAGUGCAGGAUGUACGUGGAGAAAUCGGAGGGAUGCAACUACAUCAAAUGCAGGUGUGGGAACAGCUUCUGCUACCGAUGUGCAUCCAAGGUGUCUGCGCUAACCCAUUACUGCAAAGAGUGCAAGCACUAGCGAUUUGCUUGUUAUGCAUAUCCAAGGGGGCACAAAUACUGAGCUCUGUUUAUUAACCAGAUGGUACAAUAUAUCGCUUCAUCUUUGUCGUUUAUCUCAAUUGCAAGAUGGAAAUCUAGGCAUGAUAAACUUUACUUGAUCAGGCUGUACCGAACUACGAACAUUAUCUCCUUGAUUGACUCGAUUCAGCUUUCAGUUGUGCUUGUAAAUAUGUGAGAUUUUUUAGGUAGCAUGUUCAGUAUCUGAUCUUCUGGUUCAUGCGGUUACAUUUCUUAAGAAACCGUAGAGAUUGUUAUUUUUGGU